AUGAAUAAAUUGAAAUACGGAGGCAGCGAAACCAGAACAGUCGCAGAUGACGGAAGGAUUGUGAUGAGUUUUGUGAUGAGGGGACUCCAAAGGUCACCAAAAGGUCACCACAGGUUCCCAGGCACCGCCGGAGCGACUUCCCAGAGACUUGUCGGCCGGGGCCGUCGCCGCCGUGACGUACUGGCCUUUGUGCCGCCGGUACUGAAUACCGCGUGGCCCGUCAGCCACGCCGCAGCUAGGCAAAGUACACUGUACCGCUCCGUCCGCAGGCGCGGCGCACCCGCUGCUGCAAUGUACCUCGUCGCGUACCUCUCAGCGGCAGCGGGUACAUCAUGCUACUACAUGCUGCUGCUUUGGCUCUGGCAUUGCCCGCUGUGGCCGGUUCCUGAAGCCCCCUCCCCCUCCCCUUCAAUACAGCGGAGUGCUACCACAAGAAACAGAAAGACCAGCGGCGGUAAUGCACAAUGA